CUACAGAGUACAGACAGUUUCGCGGCGACUCCGCACGCAGUGGACGUCAGUUGCGAAGAUGUACUUUUUAUUAAAAAUUGUGUUUGUAACGUUUGUGAUAUGCAUCGUAUGCGGCCAGGAAGAUUACCAUGAAGAUCUCUGCUACACACCAACCCAAGAGGAAGGCCACUGCAUAUCGCUGGAUAGUUGCGAUCAACUCAAACCGCUCAUUACCAAAUCAAGGGAAACUCUGAAACAGUACCACUGUGGAUGGGAGGGUACAGUUCCUAAGGUAGGAUCGUCGGGGGGAACAGUUCCUAAGGUGUGCUGUCCGUCUCCAGGCACUACUACUCCAUCAAGGAAGGACGGAACAGGAAGUUCUGAACCUCCACUACCGUCAGACGCCUGCUUCACACUAGAAAGCAAGCUCGGCUCCUGUUUGCCCGUGCAGUCUUGUCCACAUAUAGUAAAGAUGUUGGCGACGAAAUCCGCACAAAGCUUGGACUAUUUCCAACGCUCGAGAUGCAUGGGACCAGAACCGAAGGUGAUGUACGUAUGCUGUGACUCGAACAUUAAUCCGAGUGCUGAAGUGAUAUCGAGAGACGGCGCGUGCCCACCAUCAGCGCUACCGCCAAAUCCCGCAAGCCUAUGUUGUGGGACUGAAAGCUUCAGUGGAAAUAAAGUGAUUGGUGGUACCGAGACAGCUAUAGACCAAUACCCGUGGCUGGCUCUAAUCGAGUAUGCAAGACCGCAGCUUUGCGGAGGAUCGUUGAUAAGCAACAAAUAUGUGCUGACUGCAGCUCAUUGUAUACUGAACAAAGCAAAUAAGCCGCGAGAAGUGGUUGCUGUCCUCCUCGGUGAAUACAACACCACGAACAGUGGGAGAGACUGUGUGGCAGUAGAGGGUGGUGGCGAGGACUGUACUCCUGGCGCUAUCCGAGUGCCUGUCGAGUCGGCUAUCCCUCAUCCAGCAUACAACACACAGAAGAUCGUACAGUUUGCCCACGACAUCGCCUUGCUUAGACUUUCCCAAAUGGUCACUUUCAACGAUUUCAUCAGGCCAAUUUGUUUGCCUACGUCAGACAUAACCAAAGCACCACCGAUGGGCAUGAGGUUCUUCGUAGCCGGCUGGGGGGCUGUGAGUGAGACACGUCCAUCCAGCGAUAUAAAGCUGUAUACUAGCUUACCCUACGUCAAUCACGAGCAAUGUCAAUCAGCUUUCAAUACGCUAAGAGGCUCACUAAUAUGGGAACAGCAGAUCUGCGCAGGCGGCGAAAUCGAUAAGGACACGUGUAAGGGUGACUCCGGCGGGCCUUUGAUGUACGAAAGCGACAAGAUCCACGAAGUGGUUGGCGUAGUCAGCUUUGGACUGUUGCAAUGCGGUAUCAAGAAGCCCAGUGUUUAUACCAAGGUGUAUGAUUAUCUUACGUGGAUCAAUGCCAAUAUCAAGCCAUAAAUGAAAGAGACUAACGGCCAAAAUUAAUGCUCAAUUUAUCUUUAACUUGUCGAUAAGUUACUUAGCAACUUUACUUUACUUUUAGACUUUUGACGAAUAACAAUAUUGCUAAGUAACUUAUCGACAGAUUACAGAUUGAUUUUAAUUUUGGCCUUUAAAGGACUUCGCGCGUUGCGUGUCUAAGCCUUUUCAACGUUACUCUUGGUUCCAAUUAUAUAUAUUGAGAAUUUGAACAUUACUUAACGUUAUGCAAUGCAUAAAUCAUUGAAGUGUUUAUACUCAAUUAAAAUAAACAUGACGGAUUCUUAUGAAUCUUUGACCUAGCCUCUACUCAUUAAAAAUCAUAGUACUUGAUUUCUAUCAUUCAUUUGACGUAAUAUGUGCAUUUAUGUGUAAGUACAUUUAUAACGUAACCGCCUUAGCCAUUACUCACUAGUGAAUAUAAUUAUAACUGUGAUAGAGUAUACUUUAGUAUAAUUUCUUCAAGUCACAUGAAUUUUGUUGAUUUUAAAACCUCUGGAUAACCUUUUGAUGAUCAAGUGUAUUAUUAUUAUUGAAUAUUAGUGUUGCUUAUUGUUUGAAAACAAAAGAGUAAAACUAAUUAAUGCCAGUUUUCCUUAAUAUAUUCUUGUAAAAUAACCGAAGUGAAGUGUUAUGCUAGAGUUUUUAUAAGUAUAUCCUGUAUUUUAUUCUUUGUCAUAUAGGAUUAAGCAAUAAAGAUGUUUAAAAUUAAAAAAAAAAAAAGAUUGUCUCUAGCCUAAGACCCAUUAAGAUCGUUAGAAUCUGCAUUAUAAUAUGAAAGUCGCCGUGUAUAUGCGCACGCAGUCGCACACACACGGCGACUUACAGAUUCUAACUAGUCAACCGUGCGUAAUGGGGCAAUCCUCUUCAGAAUU